AUGAGUGAACAACCCGCAAGUGUAGUCGAAAAUCCCGGAACUAAUUUAAAAAAAAAAAAAACGGUAAUGGGUCCGAGACCUCUACCUGCUGUCCCAAAUACACAAAAUCAUACGAGAUCAGACAGCAGCGGUCACACGUCGACCAACACCGAUAAUUAUAUUUAUCAAUCAAACGAUGUAGCAGAUAGUGUUAAUAAUACUGCACCACCAUUUCCACCUCUCAUCUCUCCUAAACCGCAUAGACCAGUGCCGACUGUACAAGAUACAUUGGAUCGAUCAAUAAAUGAAGGUUAUUUAGACAAUAAUGCCAUUAGUGCUUCUAUUGCAUCUCAGCCAUACCAGUACCAGGAGAUCGAGUCUCGUGCGCCAAGAUCGUCGACUCAUACUGAAGAGGUAGUUGUUGGGAGUAAUGCACAACCUACGCGACCCAAACCGAUGGAUUAUAAUCAACCGCAACAAUACUUCCCACAGCAGGGUAAUCAACAGCAAAGAGAUUUUGUAACAAUGCAACAAGAAAAUUUAAAUGAUCCCUACUUAAAAUUGGGAAACAUACAGGUUGGGCAACCCUCAUAUUCUCAAUCUAAUUCACAGGACGCUGCACAAAAAGCCCAGAUUACUGUAACUUCACCAUACGAUAAUCAAUAUCAGCUCAACAAUAACGGAGUAUCUACUCAAUCUUCUCAAAUUCGGUCUUGGUCUGGCCCCCCUAACCCUGGAAAUAAUCUCGGGCUCCCGACAGACAACGAGUUUAAUAAGCCAAAUAAUUUGCUUUCAGGUGGAUCAAGGUCAUUAUCAAGUAGUCCCAAUAAUGGGCAUCUACAACCUCAGCGUCCUCGCUCUUAUUCUCCCGGACAUAGCCGGUCGUCCUCCCCCUCUGCUGCGAUAGGGUUUGGACCUGAUGGCGUUCCGGUUGGUCCAGACGGAACGCCUCUUCCCCCUGCCUUGGCUGGCAAUCGCUUAAGUUGGCAUUCACCUCGAUCAUCACCUGAUCCCAAUAGUCGAAUAUCGGUGUAUUCGCCAAAUCCUGGUCGUGCAUCAUACGUUCCCGGCCUCAGAUUAGCGAUUGACGAGAAGAAUGCUCGUCGGAUGACAACCAUAUCGUUCACACUGGCCAGUGAUGAAGCCGCAUUAGAACGUUAUCGAGAUGCUGCGCGUAAGACGAAUGAUCCAAAAGUACAGGCUGAUUAUGCUAAAUUCCUGAUAGAAAUGUCCGAAUCUUAUCAGCCGAAUAAUCCUAACAGUGUCAAGAACUUAAAUGCCAACCAGCCAGCGACGUAUGACAAAUUAGUGGAUGAAGCCAUUUAUUGGAUAGAUAAACUAGCUAAAACGAACUAUGCCGAGGCAUUGUAUAUUAAAGGUACAUGGCAUGAAAAGGGAAUAUUUAAAAAAGAGCGAAAUCAUGACAAAGCAUUAAGAUGUUAUAGAAGUGCGUCCAUACAAGAUCAUGCGAAAGCGAAUUACAAAUUAGCCGAGAACUACGAAAAAAAGAAGGAUCAUCUAAGAGCAUGUCAAUUCUACAAGAAGGCGGCAUCCCUGGGAGAUCCCAAUGCAUUAACGAGAAUGGCACUUGUCUAUAUGACUGGUGGUUUAAAGCAAGAUGUGGAUUAUAAACAGGCGUUAAUAUAUCUUAAACAAGCAGCGGCAAAGGCUAAUGAGGACUGUCCUGAGGGAGCAUACAUAUACGGUAUGAUGUUGGCUAAAGAAUGGAAUGCAAUAAAGGUACCAGAUGAUUUGGUAACACCUGACGAAGAUGCAGCUAGAGAAUUCAUCCAGCGUGCCGCACAUUUGGGUUAUCCUCCUGCCUUACAUAAAAUGGGAGUAUGCCAUGAAUUUGGUUCUUUGGGAUGCCAAUUUGAUCCAACAACGUCAGUGCAAUAUUAUGAGCGUGCAGCUGAAAAGGGAGAGGUCGAGGCCAAUAUGGCACUGUGUAAAUGGUAUCUCUGUGGUGCUGAGGGGUAUUUCGAACAGAAUGAAGCAUUAGCAUACCAAAAUGCUGAGAAAGCAGCCUCUAAAGGAUUACCCGCUGCAGAAUUUGCAAUGGGAUAUUUCCAUGAAGUUGGAGUUUUUGUACCGGAGGAUUUGCAAAAAGCUAAUGCAUGGUAUAAUAAUGCUGCUACUCAUGGAAAUGUAGAUGCUCAAAGACGUCUUGGACGUGGAGGAACUAUUACUCGACGUGAGCAUGAGGAAAAAUUAAAGAAUCAGAAAAUCAACGGUAAAAAGGAGAAGAAAGAUAAAGAUUGUUGUAUACAAUAG